AUGAAAACCACCUUCGCUUUCCUGACCUUGCUUCUCGCGGCCAUCGCAAGCGCUGACAAGCACCGUCUCUGUGCUUGCCGUGAUAAUGGAGCCACAGUAACCAGCGACGAAUACACCAAAAGUGUCGUCUACGCCGCCAGCGGCAAAUUUGUGUUCAGUGGAAAGAAGUGGACUAAAGACGAUGGGGCGGAGUUCGAAGGAGUAUACUAUCAUGCCAUUGAGGGCUCGGUCAACGGCGGUGAAGACGAUGGUUGGGUCGGUGGCAAUGAGUCAGCCCAGCUCUGUAGACCUCUCAAGGAGGGUCCUGGUUUUUCACACGAGCGAAGCACAUGCUUCACGCCCAAGGACGUCGUCGACUGGCGGGACUGUGGCGCUGACGGGAACUGCUUUACUUCCAAGGCUGCCAAGACUGACGGAUUCGGAAAGCCGGUGGCUUGA